CCACGCAUGCGCAUACGGUUAGUCAGAAGGCUGCUGCUUUAGCGAGAGAUUGGAUUACCUCCGAAGAAGAAAACGAGUUACCAACAAUAUUUACGUCUCAGUCGGAAAUAAUUGGAAAUAUUUUUCUCAAGAAGGGCUCUUUGCUGUUGUCUCCUUUCUUCUGCUCAAGGGUUUGGACCUCUGGGGAACUUGUAUCUGUUUUUGUGGCAGAUGCUAACCAAGGAUCAACCCUCGCCUUUGUGGAUUAAAAUACCAUUUUUGUUGUUUUGGUUAUAAUCUUGAGAGCAGACUUUUUAAUUUGUGACAAUGUCCUACCAGCGAUUCCCAUUGCCCCCUGGCAGUCCGAACUCACAACAGGGGCAGCAUGGGCUUUCUGGACAAGAGUCAGAGAGGGACUCUUGGAAGGGUCAUCCGCCAUUUGGCACUCAGGCCAGCUUUGCCCCCUCUAUGGCUUCUUCUGCAAGCCGUUCUAGUGCUGAUGUGAUGAUCCAGCCAAGGCAAAGGCUACCAGAAACAUUCAGACCCCAACAAGGUGGAGCUCUGGACAAGUAUUAUGACAAGUACCUAAGAAGAGACGAGACGAUGCAGCCUGAGGAAAGAAUGGCUUACUCUAGCAGCACCAAAUUAGAAAAGUCUCGGUCCACAAGCACAGGGGUCAACAAUCCAACGCCAGAAACUUUUGAGGCACGUCAACUUGAAGUUCAACGUAGUGGUGGCUCCAGAUUUGACCUGUCGUACCAUUUAUCUGAAUUUGAGAGAAGCGGUGCUCUUGUGCCAACCACUUCUGGAGAAAGACGUGAUGAUGAACGAUGCAUUCCAGGUUCAGUACCAGACAGUUCUGGACCUCCUCAAGACCCCUGUCGUUCCAAAUACUCACUAGAGUUGGCAGCUAACAUCCUUGAGCGCUUUGGGCUGGAAAAAGAAGAUCUGGACUACCUACUGAACUACCCAGAGGACCAGAUUACCGUAGAAAAUCUUCCUCAAAUCUUAAAACAGAUUCGCAGUCAGAAAGAAAAAAGCAUGUCUGUUCCCGAGAUGCACACCGCCACCACCUCCUCCUUUAGUGGAAUGAGUAGAACAAUCGGUUCUGGAGGAGCAGAGACAUCCAAGGACAAAGUUCCAUCAGACCCAAGCCUAGUUAUCAAUUAUGGUUAUGCUGAGAAGUAUAGUCAAGCUGGGAAGGAAAUACUUAAAAAGUUUGCCAUUGAUUCAGACCAGAGUAAAAGUCAAAGACCUGGUCCAGAAGUUGCAGAGAAAAGGAAGGAUGACAAAGUUCUGAAGCAAAAGAGCUCAGAGCAGCAGCCCAAACUGCCGAGCCAGCUGGACCAGGUGCUGAAACAACUCCAGAAGAAGAGCCAAUUGCCCGCUGUCCAGCAAACCUCCUCGGUGCUCCAAAAAGGUCAAGGUUUGCAGCCAAUAUCUUAUCCCAUCGCAAACCCAGGCUCGACUUUUCCUUUUGGCCCCCAGUCGUUCUCUUUUCCUCCAGGUGUUACCCAGGCAUUCCCCCGGUUUACCAACUACUAUCAAAUGAUCCGACCUCCACCGUGGCAGUAUACAACCCAGGAGACGGCCAUGGGUGGGCAGCCAACUCCCACCAUGAUCAAUGACUAUGUUGCAACCAUGCCGACGAUGUUUCCGCACAUCUGCUCUCUGUGUAACGUUCUUAAUCCCGCCUUGAGGGAUUGGAUUUCCCACCAGAAUACCAGCCAGCAUCUUGAAAACUGCAAGCUCUUCCGAACACAUUUUCCUUUUUGGGAUGGUCACAUACCACCACUUCAAAGCGAUGCCGGUCCUGGAGCGGCACAAUCCACAUACGGGACCUCAACUCAGCCUCAGUACCAGAACCAAUUGGUUGGGAGCUCCUCCCAGUCAGGCAGCUCUGACACCCGGACCAGUCGUCACUCCCCCACACCUCCGUUUUACCUCCUCAACCGGAGGAAAUCCAGCAGCAGGUCCCGAUCACGCUCCUGGUCCCGUCGACACAAAAGCCACAAACGCAGACGAAGGUCACGAUCCCGGUCUUCGCGGCAUGAUCAUCCCUCGUCUUCGCGGCAUGAUCAUCCCUCGUCUUCGCGGCGUGAUCGUCCCUCGUCUUCGCGGCGUGAGCGUUCCUCGUCUUCACGGCGUGAGCGUUCCUCGUCUUUGCGGCGUGAUCGGCCUUCCUCUUCGCGGCAUGAUCAUCCCUCCUCUUCACGGCGUGAGCGUUCCUCGUCUUCACGGCGUGAUCACCCUUCGUCUACACGACGUGAGCGUUCCUCGUCUUCACGGCGUGAUCAUCCCUCUUCUUCAAGGCGUAAGCGUUCCUCGUCUUCACGACGUGAUCACCCUUCGUCUUCACGGCGUGAGCGUUCCACGUCUUCACGGCGUGACCGUUCCUCGUCUUCACGGCGUGAUCACCCUUCGUUUUUACGGGGUGAGCGUUCCUCGUCUUCACGGCGUGAUCAUCCCUCGUCUUCAAGGCGUGAGCGUUCCUCGUCUUCACGACGUGAUCACCCUUUGUCUUCACGGCGUGAUCGUUCCCCGUCUUCACGGCGUGAUUACCCUUCGUCUUCACGGCUUGAUUACCCAUCGUCUUCACGGCGUGAGCGUUCCUCAUCUUCCCGGCGUGAUCAUCCCUUGUCUUCACGGCGUGAUCGUUCCUCGUCUUCACGGCGUGAUCGCGCUUCUUCUUCACGGCGUGAGCGUUCCUCGUCUUCACGGCGUGAUCGCCCUUCGUCUUCACGGCUUGAGCAUUCCUCGCCUUCACACCGUGAACGUUCCUCGUCUUCGCAGCGUGAGCAUCACUCAACUUCUUCGCAUCACUCGCGCUCAAAACGCAGCGAGAGGCUAUCCUCGUCCAGGAAGACCGACGAGAAACGGUCGUCUAAGAGGAAGAGUCCAGAAGCACAGCCAGACCUGCAGAGCGCCACCAAGAGGCUUACCGAGAAGCUGAUGGAGACAUCAGCGGCCCAGGGUUUAACACCAGCUGCCGUGGAGGACAUGGUAAAAACUUUAGCUCCCGUCUUAGUGGCUGAGCUAUCCAAGAUGAAGCCAGUCCCUUCCUCUCCGUCCCCCACGAGGUCACACAGUCAUCAGGACAGUAAGGAAGAUGGUCCGUCUGAAACCAUAGUGACUAUCCGUGCUCAUUCUGAUAUCGCUCACAAAGAUCUGCUGGAUGCCUUAGAGAAGAUUGGAAAAACCAAGUCAUUGGUCAUAUACAGAUCACAAAGUCAAGCCCAAGUGCGUUUUGAAAAUGAUGAAGACGCAGAGAAGCUGGGGAGCCUGGGGAGUCUUACUUUGAAUGAAACCUCACUUAGUGUUGUGAAAAUCAAAAAGUCUAAGAGGCCGAGAAGUCCUGUUGACGAAUCCAGUCACAAACCAUGCAGAGAGCCUGAUGCGUCGGCAGAGGACACGGACACGGACCCGGGGAAGACCAGUGAUGAGGCUCAAGAAAACCUAAAUUACGAGAAACCUUCAUCGUCUGAAUUCAAUGUUGAAAAGGAACAAACGGAUCCACAGGUAGAGGUUUUCGGCCCUACAGAACCUGCUGAGAAGUUGCCGCUCACAGAGCAGCCGUCUGCAGAUCCGGAGAAGACCCUGACUGUUGGAGAGAACUUGAGGAAGCACCUGAAUCGCCGUAACUUCCGCUUUUUCAUGAACAAGAACAAGUGCUUCACGGAAACCUUCGAUAAGACAUUACUUUUAGUGAACAAGCUUCCAGUGUACAGCAAAGUCAGCUACACGGAGGAGGACAUCGCCGCCCAUCUCUUCCCGUAUGGAUUCAUACACACAAACACCAGCCUCUACGUGAUUCCCCAGUCGAGGAUGGCUGUUGUUGAAAUGCCAAGUGUGAUGGACUUGCAGAACCUCGUCUUCCAAACCUUUACCCAAGGGAUCCGGUUCAAAGAAUCCAGGCUCACCUUAAGACCUUUCAACAACAGCUUUUCAAUGUCAUGGUUUGGCUUUUACAAAUCUCUGAUGGGGAUCAUGCACUUCGAUGUGUUUGAUGAAGGAGAGAGAACCGUCUACAUCCACGACAUCGCUUUCCGUCAGAUCGACAAGCUGAGGGAAGAUCUGAGGGACCUGGUUGAGAUCAGGAACUUCCUGCCUCUGAUGAACAGGCUUUUUAUCGAGUUUGAGAGCAUCUUGGACGCCGAUCGCUUCGGGAUUUGGCUGAGCAGCCAGGCGAGGUGUCACAACUACACAGUCUACAGGAUGAGGCCUCCCAGGUGUCCGGCUGGAAUCCCAACAGCUCCAGAAUGGAGAACGCCUCCGUUCUGGAUGACCAUGAGAACGGCGCCGUUUCUGUACCCGGCGGUGACUCACCCCUUCCCCAGUCCAGUUUGCGUACCCGUUGAUCUUCCGGCUGACAUCCCGGAAGCUACCGUUCUGGGGUCAGAGUUUGCCACAAUCAUGCUGGGCGGUUUACCAGAAUACGACUACACCCAUCGGGACGUGGCCCGGCUGGUGUGGCCGUUCUUCAGCGUGCAGAACUACAAGACCCUGAAUGAGAAUAUUUACGUGCUGCCUCUGCAGAGGAGGGCGUUCGUGUUCUUCAGCAGCUGGACGGCGUGCUUACAGUUUCUGGAAGUACACGUCCAAACCCCCGUUUCUCUGCAAGGACACCCUCUGAGUGUGCAGGUCGUCUUGGAGAACAUCCACCCGGGGGUAACUCAGAGCAACAUCUACCAGAGUCUGAUCAAAUGGAGCAGUCCUCUGACUCCAAAUCCAGAGUUUCUGAAUAACCGUCUGCUGGCUCUGGAGAUGUCUGAGACUUCAGCCGCCCUGAUCAUGAUGGUCAUAGAGGUGGUGGAGUCCAUCGUUCCGUUUGUUAACUUCCUGCCUCUGGCCAAUCUGAUCUACAUUGAGAUGAAGGAUGUGACUGACGUGAUCGAAGUUCAGCUGAAGAUUUCCUGUAUGGACAGUAUACAGCUGCCCCCCAUGUGGACGAAAGUCAAGCGAAUUCUUCCCAUGGGAAUCCUACAGCAGCGUCUGACCUUGUAUGGACCCAACCCUCUUACCCUUCCAUCCGACCCCUUUCUAAUGAUGAUAGAGGAAACAAAAAGCACUGAACUCAGUCCUGCUGUGCCAAGCAACAGCAGCGCCUACAUCGCCAACAACAGAGUUCCCCGUGCUUCAGCGGUGGCCGCCAGAGGCUUAAUAGCAGCAGAGUUACAUGAAGAAGAACCGAGAAGAACCAAAACGCCCGGCUCUGGAGUGACAGCAAAGACAGAAACUUCUCCAGAUCUUCCUCAGAUGGGAGCCGGGUCACAGCUGACAAGUCAAAGUCUGGAGAGCAAUUCUCCUGAUGUCUCAGCUCAAGAGAAGAAGACCAAAGGUGAUGAGGACAAAGAAACAAUUGAAGGAGAUCAAACCUUUCCAGGUCCAUUGAAGGACAAACAAAGGAAUGAGGACUUGAAGGAAAGUCAGCAAAUCGAUUCUUCUCAUGGAUCUUCCAACAAAUGUCCUGAAGGGGGUGCAGUAGCUGAAGAAGGAGGAGAUUUGGUUCCUGAGAAACCAGCAGCUGAUGGUGACCAGGAGUUGGAGACAAAUCAGGAGCAAAGUCCAAGAGGAGACAAAGGAAAGGAAACCUGUUCGACCUCCAAAGAUGAAAGUUCUGAACUUCCAGCUGCUGAUCCAAUCAAAGCAGAAGACGACCAUCUGAAACUUGUAACAAUGACUAACCAAGCCAGAGAUCCUGAAAAUAAGGUCCUUCAAGAACCCAUGGAGCAUGAUGGAACAGUUGGAGAAGAUUAUCAACCAAGCAAAACAUCUAAAAUGACUGAGGAGAGAAUGGAACCUGCACCCCAAAGUUCCAGCUCUGCCGAGGACAAAACGGCUGAAGAGAGAAAGACUACAGACGUUGAGACGCCAACAGACGGUGACGAUACCAAGAAAACUACAACCAUUGAAGCCGAAGCUGCUCCUGAAGAAACCUGCACAGAAACACCAGAGGAACGAGUUUUGAGAGACGAUCAACCGACAGAAGGCGACAAUACCAAGAAAACUGCAACCAUUGAAGCUGAAGCUGCUCCUGAAGAAACCUGCACAGAAACACCAGAGAAACGAGUUUUGAGAGACGAUCAACCGACAGAAGGUGACAAUACCAAGAAAACUACAACCAUUGAAGCUGAAGAAACCUGCACAGAAACACCAAAAGACCAUCAGCCGACGGCAGCACACAAACCAAAGAGAGGAAGACCGAAGAAAAACGUUCCAGCUGCCACACAGAAGUUGAUGAAGACGCGAGAGUCCUCCAGAAAUGCAAACGAAGAGAAGUCAGACUUCACACAGCCAGAGGUCAGGUCUAAAGAUGAUGAGGAGGAAGUUCAGAAGACCUCAACUAAUCAAAAACACAGCGACAACACAGAGCAAGCUGUGAAGAUGGAGGAAGAGACUGAAGAAGAUCAGAACCUCACUGUGACACCCCGUCCAAGAGGCCGACCCAGGAAGAUCAGGAGUGCGCCUGCAGUGAGAAGAUCAGCCAGAAGAAACCCGAGGACAGAAGAUUCCUGUCCAUCUGUUCAGGCUGACAGAACCGACGAGCAAGAGGAAGACAACACAACUGAAGAGGCCACGGAGCCGGAUGGACCAGAAUCAAAGCGACCUCGCUCUGAACCUUUACCCGCAGCUUCAGCAGGAACACAGUCUGACAGAGGAGAACCGACCGCUGGACAGGAUUGAUAAGACCAGAACGGUUUCUUUUUCUCAGUUUUUCUACAGAACACUACAGCUGUUUCCUCCAAUGCUCAGCUAGCUUUAGUAAACAGGAUUUCUGUAAAUAGAACAUCUGAAACAAAAAUGACUGUACACUGCAGUGUUUGGAAUUAUUUUUGUGGGUAAAUAAAGAACAGAAUUCUACGCUGUGGUUUGUUUUUACUGCAUAGAAAUUCCUGGUUGUGAUAGAAGUGUAUUGCCUUAAAAGAAAAUGUGGUGUUCUUCAAAUGUUU